AUGGACCCAAUAUUUGACGACGCUGACGAAGUCAACUUGACCAGCAGUGCCAACAACACGAACAACGGGACCGUGUACUGGAAUCAAUUUGUGCAGCCGCCCUGGAGAAUAUUCCUGUGGGCUAUCGCCUACUGUUGUAUAGUGAUCGUGUCCGUUGUUGGCAAUGUGACGGUGAUUUGGAUCAUUAUGGCGCACAAACGCAUGAGGACGGUCACCAAUUAUUUCCUGCUCAAUUUGGCGUUCGCCGAAGCCUCGAUGUCGGCUUUCAACACGGUUAUCAACUUCAUCUACGCAGUGCACAACGAUUGGUACUUUGGAUUGGUCUACUGCCGCUUCCACAACUUCUUUCCAAUAGCGGCCGUGUUUGCCAGCAUUUACUCCAUGACUGCCAUCGCCCUGGACAGGUACGUGGCCAUCAUCCACCCAUUGCAGCAGCGCAUGUCAUCCACAGAGACCAAGGUAGUGGUAGGAGUGAUCUGGGUCCUGGCUCUGCUUUUGGCGUUUCCUCAGUACUACUACUCCAACAUAGACCAGCUCCCCGGCCGUGUGGUGUGCUACAUUGACUGGCCCGAAUACACAAUAUGUGACUUUGAUAAAAUGUAUUAUGUGUGCGUGGCCAUCCUGAUCUACUUCCUUCCUUUGUUGGUGAUGGGUUGUGCUUAUCUGGUGGUGGGACUAACUCUCUGGGCCAGUGAAAUCCCAGGAGACUCUUCCGAUCGCUACAAGGAGCAGCUGACAGCGAAACGCAAGGUGGUGAAAAUGAUGAUUGUGGUGGUGUGUACCUUUGCCAUUUGCUGGCUUCCCUACCAUGUCUACUUCCUGCUGUACCAGUUUUUUCCUGAUCUGUUUGAGGAAACAUAUAUCCAGCAGGUCUAUUUGGGCAUCAUGUGGUUGGCCAUGAGUUCCACCAUGUACAACCCAAUCAUCUACUGCUGUCUGAAUGACAGGUUCCGUGCAGGUUUCAAACAAGCUUUCCGCUGCUGCCCAUGUGUCUCUCAAAGCUCAUAUGAAGGUCUGGAACUCAAGUCUACUCGCUACUUUCAAACUCAGACCAGCAUGUACAAGGCAAGCCGGAUGGAGUCUACAUUGUCAACUGUAGCCCAGGUGGGGGAUGAAAUGGAACAGUCCAAGGCCAAAGCUAAAGUCGGUCCUGGGCCCAUUGGGGCCGGUGUCAUGGCAGGACCACAAAGCUGUUCAGUGGACCUCACUUCAAAUGGUUCUUCGUCCCACAGCGUCUCCAAAACCAUGUCUGAAGCAUCUAGUUUCUUCUCGCAUAACAAUCUGCAAGAACAGACUUUAAAUUCAAGCAGCUUCCUUUCAGAUAGCCAGGAGAGAAUGUGA